UUUAUCACCGGUGUCAUCAAUCGUAGCAAGGUGAUCUCCUUCGAGCGAUUCAUAUGGCGAUUUUGUCGAGGCAAAGUUUUCGUACGAACUGCCGAUAUUACUGAGAAAACGGAACUGUUUGAUCAUGACAAAGAUGACGACAAGGCCGUGUUCAUUCUGUUUUUCUCUGGUGAUCAGCUCCGAUCGAGAGUGCAAAAGAUCUGCGCCGGAUUCCAUGCCACCAUCUAUAACUGCCCUGAAAGUCCAAACGAGCGAGCUCACCUUCUCGCCCAGAUCAAUGGACAAGUCGGCGAUAUGCAAAGCGUUAUCGGCAAAACGCUCGAGUACCGUCACAAAAUCGUCUUCGCAGCGGCACUGAGCGUGAAAAAUGGCCGUUUUAAUGGUAGAUCUAAUGACCAAUCCGGCUCUACAGUACACGCUGUGUUGAACGAAAUGGAAACCCAUAAAAUGCCACCGACACAUUUCAAGUUAAACAAGUUCACUCAAGGAUUCCAAAAUAUUGUCGACGCCUACGGUAUCGCCAAUUAUCGAGAAGUCAACCCAGCCCCGUGGUCGAUCAUCUCUUUUCCAUUCCUGUUCGCUGUCAUGUUCGGAGAUUCUGGGCACGGAAUAAUCAUGUUGCUAGCUGCUCUGUCCUUUGUAGUCUUCGAGAAGAAAUUGAUUUCAAUGAAAAUCAAAGACGAGAUCUUCAACACUUUCUUUGGUGGUCGUUAUGUGGUUCUUCUCAUGGGUAUAUUCUCCAUAUACACCGGCUUCCUUUACAACGAUAUCUACUCCAAAUCGAUCAAUGUCUUCGGAUCUUCUUGGAAAAAUCCAUAUCCGGAGUCAUUGCUGGCGCACAUGGAGGAGCAAGGCCACAACAACAGUCAAACUUUGGAUCUGACUUUCCCACCGGAGUACGCCUUCGAUUCCAAUGCGGGCCCGUACCCAUUCGGUGUCGAUCCGGUCUGGAACAUUGCCAAGAACAAGCUGAACUUUUUGAAUCCAAUGAAAAUGAAGACGUCCAUUAUUCUCGGAAUAUCCCAGAUGACCUUUGGACUUCUUCUGUCGCUCUGCAACCACAUUCAUAACCGUUCUGUGGUUGAUGUGCUGUUCGUAUUCGUGCCGCAAGUGUUCUUCCUCUUCUGUAUCUUUGUCUAUCUAUGCGUCAUGGUGGUGGUGAAAUGGAUAUUUUUCUACGUGAAACCGGCGUUUAUUUUUGGUCGGCUGUAUCCUGGUCCUUUCUGUGCACCAUCGCUGCUGAUUGGUCUUAUCAGUAUGUUCAUGCUCAAAGCUAGAGACUCCAGCGUUCUAGCGUUAGGAUGCGCUGCUGUGAGAGGCGGAGUGCGCUCAGUCUCCCGGUCAAUGAUCCAUGGCGAUGAUGAAGCAAUGAGUGAGUUCAAUUUCGGCGAUGUGAUGGUGUACCAAGCAAUCCACACGAUUGAGUUCGCACUUGGUUGUAUCUCGCAUACUGCUUCUUACCUUCGACUUUGGGCACUUUCACUGGCUCAUGCGCAGCUCUCGGAAGUUCUAUGGGACAUGUUAUUGUCUAUCGGCUUGAAUAUGGGCGGAUGGGGCGGAUCAGCUGCAAUCUUUAUUCUCUACUAUUUCUUUGGAACACUGUCGAUCUCGAUUCUGAUUCUUAUGGAAGGUCUUCAGCAUUCCUUCACGCUCUUCGUCUGCAUUGGUGAGC